AUGAAACAAGACACAUUUGCACUGCAUAUCCCAUCUCAGACGACACUUUGUUCGCCUCCAGACCGUCCGGAUCCGAGGCAACCUCCGCCCACUUGCUCAUCCGCAUCUGAAGUCACUCAACCUCUGGAUUCAGAGUGUGCGCCUUGUCGAUUGGUCAGUACAGACUCCGCCUGUAUAGACGAUAGUCUGUCGCAGGCUUCUUUCUCUUCCGAUCUCUCCUCUGUUUCUGCCUGUUCUCGUCUUUUGGAGGAUGCCAUGCGUCAGAUGACCGUUGAAAUGGAGGCCUACGACCUUGCUCUUCAGCAGGUCAAUGAAAUUGCGGAGGCCGCUGAACGAGCACGGGGAGUUGCUGCCACUACCUGCACUGCUGUUCUUCCUCUCCAGACUCCAAAUGAUCCGGUUCCUCAUCUUGAUGCUAGUGGGAAUGAUAACAUUGAAAUGGAAAAUCAAGAGGCAGGGAAAUUUAACAAGGAGCCUGAUGAAGGCACGCGGACUCCAACCUCCACACUCAUUACUACCUCAGCAUCACAAGUGUUUAAUGACUCCUCGAACUCCCCUUAUCCCGGCCAUCUCAAGUCCGUUGAGUCGAGCGAACAGACAGAAGCAGUUGCUCGGUUGGCCGUUCUUCAGCGUAGCCUCGAGACGCGUAGAAAAGCAAUCGCGGCGAUACGUGUUAAGAAGCAGCGUCGCGAAAUCCAUCUUUGCCAACAGGAGAAGAAGUUGGAGCGUGAGCACCGAUUGAGCCUGCUGCUCGGACAAACUGAGGAUCAAGAACCGGUGAAUUUUUUUUCACAUUUGCAUUCUUCUUACAACUUCAAACACAAAUGUAUUCAUUUUCGUAUUAGAGUAGAGUUUCGAGACUACCAGUAA